AUGUCAGGAAUCGUUAAACAACAAAAAUUUUUGAACAAGAUCAGUGCGACUACCGUGAAACCUCAAAUUAUAUUAGAUGUAUCGAAGUACAGUGCAUUGAAUGUGAAGUUCCAGUAUCAGAAUUUCAAUGGCCAUAUGGGUGCCCGUAAGUUCUGGCACGAGUUUUUGCCUUCUCUGCAGUUUUACAACCCUGCGUUGCCAAUCAAUGUGACCAGAAUUAGAAACGAUGAUAAAAAAGUCGAUGUACCAUGCAUACUAGAAGCUAUUGGAUCCGAUGGGAAGGUUGUAGCUGAAGUUUCAAUGAAGCACAAACACUCAUCUGAAAUUAUGGAUGAAGUGCUACAGAAAUUGGAACACAAAAGAGUACCCCAGGAAGAAAUAAUAAAGGUAUGA